ACGUCGAGGGAGCCCGGCCGCCCUGCGCUUCCCGCUUCCGCGUCCCGAGGCCGCGCCAUGCGGUGAGCGUCCCGGCCCUGCCCCACCCGACUCGACGGACGCGCGGCCCCGCCGGCACAGGACCUGCAGACACCCCAGCACCCGCAGACAUCCCCCGACCCUCCGGGCCCCGCUCAAGAUGCCCAGAGGCUCCGUCCUCCUGCUCGCCUCCCUGCUUCUCGCCGCGGCCCUUUCAGCCACCCUGGGCCUCGGGUCACCGGUGAAGGAGAAGAGAGGCUGGACCCUGAACAGCGCCGGCUACCUUCUCGGACCACAUGCCAUCGACAACCACAGGUCAUUUCACGACAAGCAUGGCCUCGCCGGCAAGCGGGAACUCGAGCCUGAAGAUGAAGCCCGGCCAGGAAGCUUUGACAGACCGCUGGCGGAUAACAGCGUGGUGCGCACGAUAAUUGAGUUUCUCACUUUCCUGCAUCUCAAAGACGCCGGGGUCCUGGAGCACCUGCCCGGUCUCCCCACAGCAGAGUCCGCAGGAGAUGCCGAGCGGUCCUGAGCGGGCUCCCGCACGCGUCGGGCUCCCCGUGUCAUGCCCAGUCGUGCCCCACGAGGGUGCCCGUCACAUGGCAACCGCCCCAUCCCUGCUGCCCUGAUGCUGUGUCCUUGCCAUUUCAGGUUCUUUCCCUUUGGUCAUAAGUUUGAGUGGCAAAAUUAAAAAAAAAAAA